AAGGAAACCAGAGCACCCAGAAGAAAACCCACACAAGGACCCUGGCCGGGGAAUCGAACCCAGGACCUUCCACUGUGCUGCCCUGUUGAGAUAUACGGAGUGUCAGAGUGACGGGUGUUGGAGUGGCAGAGUGUCGGGGUGUCGGUGUGACAAGUGACGGGUGUCGUGUGGUGGGUGUCGGUGUGACGGGGGUCCUGUAGUGUCCGCUGUAACAGGAUGAGGUGAAUCAGGACGUCGUGUGAUUCUUCUGAUGGAGGCCACGUUCCUCAUUCUGCUCCUCGUCCUUCUCCUCCCUCCCUCCGUCUCCUCUCGACCUUCCCUCGCGUCUCCAACCGUCAGCAGCGACGCCAAAUCUGUCCGAACUGACGGUAUCAGUAAUGAGGUGGACCAAAGUGACCAGAACAGAACCCUCACACGUCGUCUCCCUGACAUCAUCAUCAUCGGGGUGAGGAAGGGCGGCACGCGGGCGCUAAUCGAGAUGCUAAGCCUCCACAAUUCUAUCGCCGCUGCUAAAACCGAGGUUCACUUCUUCGAUUCGGACGAGCGUUACCACCGGGGACUGGAGUGGUACAGGUCACAGAUGCCUCUGGCCCGACCUGAGCAGCUAACGGUGGAGAAGACGCCGGCGUACUUCAGUUCUGCUGACGCCCCAGAGAGGAUCCACCACAUGAACGCCGCCGCCCGGCUCCUGCUGAUCGUCCGGGACCCGGUGGAACGCGUGCUGUCGGAUUACACGCAGGUUUUCUACAAUCAGCUCCAGAAACGCAAGAAAACGCAGAACAUCGAAGAUCUGCUGCUGAGGGACGGAGAGCUGAACCUGGACUACAAGGCCGUGAACCGGAGCGUCUACUACUGGCACAUGGAGCGCUGGCUCGCCGUGUUUCCACCCGAAAGCUUUUACAUCGUGGACGGAGACGCGCUGAUCCGAGAGCCGCUGGAGGAAAUAAGAAGGGUCGAGAGUUUUUUAUGUCUGCAGCCGCAGAUCAGUGAGGAGAACUUUUAUUUUAAUAAAACAAAAGGAUUUUACUGUCUGAGGGAUCGAGGCCGUAAUCACUGCCUGCACGAGUCAAAGGGACGAGCGCAUCCCAACCUGGCGCCGCAGAUCCUGCACAAACUGCAGCAGUACUUUAAAGAACCAAACCGGAAGUUCUUUAAGCUCGUAGGAAGAACGUUUGACUGGAGCUGAGACUGUUAGAGCUGACGGACAGUAAAAUCCUGUAAAUUCUAGAGAUUUAAUCAGGAAUAAAUGAAAAAUUCUUGAUUGUAGAACAGAAAAAACAAGAGGCAGUCGGGCGGUGCAGCAGCUAAUGUGCUAAACCACCACCGCCUAGACCACCAGUUAUAAUCUCAGCUGUGCUGUCAACCUAACUGUGUGUCCAACAGGCACAGUUAACUGUGACUAUGGGAGGGAAAAUUGACAUGGUUCCAUAACAUGGGUCCUGAGGACCUGGGUUAGAUUGUCCCCUUCAACCCUGGUCUAAGGAGUUUAGCAAGUUCUCCUUAUGUAGAUAGCUAGGCUUCCAAAAGAUGAACAGGCUGGUGCACAGUGGUGAUGAACCGACGGUCUGGUGUCCAGGAUUAAAUCAACUAACAGGAAUCCAACAUUUCUGUCAGUGACUGAAACAUUUCACUGACUGUAAAACAGAAUCACGACUGACGUCUGUCAGGACGAAAGUAGCGUUUAUAAAUCCUAUAUAACUGAAUAUGCACGUCUAACAUUAAUAAUACGUUUAUUUUAAUGGUGUGUGAUUAUAACCAGAGUAUUUCAGAGAUCUAACGGCUGAUUGGUCAGUUACUAUUACAGUUAUUACAUCAGCAGCUAUUAGUUAUAACAACGUAAACUCACACGAUUAACCGGCACUAACGUCCGAUUUAUCUUAUAUAGCUUCAUUAUUUUAUGUUUUUAUUAAAUAACUUACUAACCAAAAGUUUGAUUAUAAUUAUUUAUUAGGUGUUAAAACUACUGCUAAUCUCUAAUAGAACACCAGUUUAACUAGCUGCUGUACUAGCAGGUUUGUCACUAACUGGAAGGUUAUUAUGUAAAAGUGAAUAUUUAGAUUAAGUUGUUAUUAAAACAUUUUACAUUUCCAGCAUUAAUCAAACGUCUUUAUUCAGAGCGACUGAGAGAAAAGCUUCAGUCACUAAACAUUUCACACCAAACACACCGAGCUGAGAACCAGAAUCUGCUGGAACCUGUUAGAACAGAAUAUCCAGUAUUUUAUUUAUAAUUAUUUAUUCUUUAUUAUAAAACAUGUUACUGAAUAUUUUACUGUCGUACACCUUAUAUUAAAUAUUAAUCAUUAGCUAUAAGAUCUCUGUUCUUUAUAUAUUACACUCACUGAACUUAUAUACUAUAUAUACUGUAUAUAUAUAUACAUUUAUUCAUCAAGCUUUCAUUAUUUAUGCAAAUGUAAAUCUCUGCUUUUGGAUGUUAUUUCUUUAUAACUGUUUAAACUGUUUAAAUCAUUUAUUUAUUGUCUUGGCAAACGUUUGGACUCCCUGGUAAAGAUUCCGAGAAUUGAUUUUUUACAAAUUUGAAUGCGUAGAAAACAGUAAAUAUUUGAUGUGCUGUAGUUUUUUAAAUUUUGUUUAUGAUAAAGAGUAAAGUAAAUAAAGUAAAGAGUAAUGAUGCAGUAAAAUGUUUUCUGUAGAGAACAUGCUCACAGAUUCACUUAAAAACAAGAACUAAUCAUGUUAUUUUACUGGGGUGCACAAACUUUUGCAUAACACUGGGAUCAAAACAACAAACCUUUUUUAAUUAAAUUUGAAUGAAUAAUAUUUAUUAGUAUAUCAAUAAAUAUAUACAGGAUUUAUACAAUAAUUUUUAUUAUUACUAAUAUUAGAAUUAUUACAUCUGAUAUAUUUAAUAAU